UUUGGAAAUACUAGGAGUAAUAAAUUUCAAAUAAUAGUCGCAUUGUUUUGUUUUGUUUUGUUUGUUUGUGAAAAACAAUUGCCGCAUUGUUAAAAGAGCGGAACCAAUGUUGCAAAACCAACCCAUAGAAUUGUAGGAUAAGCUACGGUCACACGUUGGUGGCAAAUACCAUUCUCACAGCCGCCUUCAAUCACCAUUAAUCCACUGUAAAACCUCUAAGUGGGACCCUCUCGUGACUCUUGUCAGAUAUACGAGAAACCUCUGCUCCAUUUUCACUCACCACAUACACUGGGAGAGAAGAAAACCUUCAGUUUUGAGGGGAAAAUCAAUAUGCCUGGAUUGAGGGGACCUUCUGAUUACUCGCAGGAACCUCCGCGUCACCCUUCUCUCGCAAUUAAUUCCAAGGAACCUUUUAAUGCUGAGCCGCGGAGAAAAGAUUUAGUUUCAUCUUACAUUACGCCCGUGGAGUUCUUCUACAAGAGGAACCAUGGUCCAAUUCCAGUUGUGGAUGACUUAGACAAAUAUAGUGUUUCUAUCACUGGUCUAAGAGGAAGGGCCAUAGAACUGUUCAUGAAAGAUAUUUGGAAGCUUCCAAAAUAUAAUGUCACUGCCACUUUACAGUGUGCUGGCAAUAGGAGGACUGCCAUGAGCAAAACUCGGCCUGUCAAAGGAGUUGGAUGGGAUGUUGCUGCGAUAGGAAAUGCUGUUUGGGGUGGGGCCAAAUUAGCAGAUGUUCUUGCACUAGUUGGAAUCCCUAACUGCUCACGUGCAACACCAUCUGGACAAAAACAUGUUGAAUUUGUAAGCAUUGAUAAGUGUAAGGAAGAAAAUGGAGGCCCUUACACAGCAUCAAUUCCAUUGCUUCAAGCCACAAACCCUGAGUCAGAUGUUUUACUAGCUUAUGAGAUGAAUGGAGAGACUCUUAACAGGGAUCAUGGAUAUCCAUUGCGUGUGAUUGUCCCUGGUGUUAUAGGUGCUCGUUCAGUCAAAUGGCUUGAUUCCAUCAACAUUGUUGUAGAAGAAUGCCAGGGAUUCUUUACGCAAAGGGACUAUAAAAUGUUUCCACCUUCAGUUGAUUGGAACAACAUCAGUUGGCCCACAAGGCGGCCACAGAUGGAUUUUCCUGUUCAGAGUGCAAUAUGUUCUCUGGAAGAUGCAAACUUGGUAAAACCUGGAAAGAUAACUAUCAAGGGUUAUGCAGCAUCAGGAGGUGGGCGAGGCAUAGAAAGAGUCGAUAUAUCUAUAGAUGGAGGCAAGACGUGGGUGGAAGCCUCUAAAUCACAGAAACCUGGUGUUCCAUACAUUUCUGAUGAUGAAAGUAGUGAUAAAUGGGCAUGGGUGCUUUUUGAGGCUGAAGCUAACAUACCUCAGAGCACUGAGAUUGUUGCCAAAGCAGUGGAUGUUGCCGGAAAUGUCCAACCUGAAAAUGUAGAUUUCAUCUGGAACUUGAGGGGGAUACUGAACACUUCAUGGCAUCGGGUCCAAGUCCGGAUUGGUCACUCAAACCUAUAGGUGAACUUCCUAGUUCCCAUGCACAAUUACUGUUACAAAUGCCUGAAUUCUCUUCAAGGGCUUGAGACGAGUUUUCAUAAGUUCGACAUGAACACGCAUUUCUGAUCACGAACAUGCUACUAGAUUGAGAUAACAGGUCUUUUAACACUUGUCCUGCUAAGACAGUUUCAUGACCAAGAUAAGGUCUGGCCCUUUCGGCAUUUCUUGUGUUUGUUUUUGCUGUUAUAUGGCUGUCUUGAACUAGUUUUUUUACUAACAUUGAAAUGGAAUUUGUUGGUAGUUGCUUAA